GUACCCCUCACUAGACAGCUUACAUAACCGCAGUCCACUCAAGGCAAGUAAAGGUACGUACCUGGCCCGAUGUCCUCUGACGUUUUGGUGAAGCUUCCUGUCGUGUAAGCUCCACCGCGCUCAAUCGGCCGCCAUUUGACUACAGCUGUAACCUGGGAGCUUGAACAGGCUACCGAACCUAGAACUUUCAAGUCCAUUUGCUUUGACAUCCACCGAUAAAUGACUUGAGAAGUGCACCGAGCGACCACCUGCACUGAUCGACUGCGACACUGAAUUGUCCCAGCUUCUGCGAUACAACAGCGAUCGCCCUCGAGAUUUCAAUUCCACAAACCUACAUAGUGUUCGCAUCGACUACACUAAAGCCUUCGCAUAAGACAGGCCAGCUUCUCUAAACCAACCAGCAGGCAACAGUCCGGGUCACAGCUUCGGGGCAAUUUGUACGGUACCGCAGCCAUGGCCUUCCUAAUCCUGGUCAUUGGCGACCUGCACAUCCCGGACCGCGCCCUAGAUAUACCCCCUAAAUUCAAAAAACUCCUCGCGCCCGGCAAGAUCGGCCAAACCCUCUGCCUCGGCAACCUGACGGACCGGACGACGUACGAGUACCUGCGCAGCGUCGCGCCGGACCUCAAGAUCGUCAAGGGCCGCCUGGACGUCGAGGCCACCUCGCUGCCGUUGUCGCAGGUGGUCACCCACGGCAGCAUCCGCAUCGGCUUCCUCGAGGGCUUCACGCUCGUCAGCAACGAGCCCGACCUGCUGCUCGCCGAGGCCAACAAGCUCGACGUUGACGUGCUGUGCUGGGGCGGUACCCACCGUUUCGAGUGCUUCGAGUACAUGGACAAGUUCUUUAUCAACCCGGGCAGCGCCACCGGCGCCUUCACGACUGGUUGGGGCACCGAGGAGGAUAUAGUCCCCAGCUUUUGCCUGAUGGAUGUCCAAGGAAUAUCACUUACACUUUACGUGUAUCAGCUGAGGAAAGAUGAGAAUGGAGUAGAGAACGUGGCCGUGGAAAAGGUCACAUAUACGAAAGUAGUUGAGCCUCCAACAACAGCACCGGCAUCAUGACGAACCAUUGGAUAUAGCUUGAGUAAUGGAUAUACGGAUAAUGAAUCAAAGCAAACACUUCUUUUGCUCGUGGCUUCGUUUUGACCAACA